UUCGUCAAAAAUCGCUAAGGCGAUACACGCGUUGACUAUUCAUUUGCAAUUAUAUUAGCUGGAUCGCUAAGAACAUGGCGGCUACAGGAGGUUAACCAACAGAUGAAGUCAAAAACAGACCUAAUUCGUAUCCUAACGAUGGGAGAUUGUGAAGAAACAGAAACGAAUGAAGAGCUGCUACUCGACGAAGGUUCUGAGUUGGACGAAAAACAACAUUACAACUGUCACUAUGAUCUAGAAAAUGAGUUCAAUGGAGACGAUGAUUAUGACGAGGAGGAUGAUGAGGAACAGGAUUUAUACGUGUUGCUUGCUCAAAAAGAGAAAGAUCUUUUACUGGCUGCAGAAUUGGGAAAAGCACUUUUGGAAAAAAAUGAAGAAUUGUCUCAAAAAUACGAGCGACUACAAGAGGAAUAUUCUCAACAAGCAGAGGAAUUAGAACAAGAAAAAUACGAAUUGAGGUUAAGAAUAGAAAGAAUGAGCGGUGCUCAUGAGUCGAGAGUACAAGAACUUCAAGCCGACAUACAAUCCUUACGUCAAGAAUUACAUUCUCAUAAAUCCGCCUCGCUAACGGACUCAGCCCAUAAAAGAAAAACCUUUGCAGGAUUAACCGAAGAAAAUGAGAAAUUGCACUCAGAAUUAUACCAGCUGAGAACCAAGAAUGAAACGCUAUCGGAAGAACUCAACAAUCUCAAGAGGCAACAGUUAUCAAGAACUUUUAGCAUUGAUGACGUCCAUAAUCAGCAAAUUGAGAUAGAAGAGCUCUAUGAAAAGAUUUCUAGUCAAGAGGAAGAAAAAAACUCUUUAAGACAAAAUAUAGAAGAGUUGGAAAGUACGAAAGAUUUUUUAGCGAAAGAUAACGAGGAAUUACGAGGAAAAGAACAAGAUCUUAAGAAAAACUAUGAAGAUAUCAAAACUCAGCUCGAAGACGUUAAAGACAAGCUUAAUGAAAGCAAAACUAACAACCUGCACCUCCAAGAUCAAUUGGAUGAAAUGAAAAUUCAGGCUUCAUUAGACCAGGCUUCGCGGGGUUCCUUAUUCUCCGAGCUGUCUGAUAUGUCUGUUUCUYUGUUGGAUAACGAUGAUUUAUGCGUGAAAUCUGAACGAAAAACSAAAGAGAGCACCCAACGCCGCCUGCCAGUUCUUAGCGUCAACGGCAGUCCCCGUCCACUUGCUGCCUCGUCGUCAAACAAAAGACCUCGCCAGUACUUUAGCGUCGAUUCAGAUGAAGAAGAUAGCGAUGAUUCUGAUCUAGAGUACGAUGAGAAUGAAUGUGAGGUGGAUGGUCCAGUCACACUCAGGAAUACUGAUUUCUAUGCACAGCUGGAGAAAGAACAGAACACUAAUGCUGAGUUGAAAAAGGAAAUCAUUGACGCCCACAAUGAGCUCCAACUAUACUACGACAGACUACGACGCCAUCACGAUAAACCCACGGCAAAAGUCGAGCCUUUGGAUCCGAACAGAGAUUACCAAUCGGGAUGUCUGACGUCAUUCGUGCAAAACUUCAAAGCUGUCCUCGAUGAGAUUAUUCAUUCACAUAAAGCAACCGUUAUGAGAAAAAACUCGGGUUAUGCCGGCUCAAUGGUGGGCAGUGUGCACGAAAACCUCAAAGAACAAAUUAGCAAUCUCAAAGAAAGCCUCUACGAAACCAACAAAGAUAUGGAACAUCUAAGAGAAAAUGUCGCCACAGCAAACAAAAGAAUCAACCAAAAAGAAGCCAAAAUCAUCGAACUACAAGAUAAGCUCCACGAUCGUGCAGACGAAAUCAAACAUUUGAAUGAAGAAAGAAGGCGACUAGUGUUGAAGGAAUGCGAUCCUAAUUUAGUUUUUGACGCUGUUUAUCAACAAGCUAUUCAAGACAAAGAAGAGGCGCUGAGAAGGGAAUCUGAGACCUCCAUGGAACUUGAAAAGAGUAAGAGAGAGGUUGAAAGAUUGGACAAGCAGCUCAUGGAAGCGAUCCAGCAAAAAAUUGAAUUAUCUAAGCAACUCGAGGAGUGGCAGUACGAUGUGGCUUCAUUAAUAGACGAGCAAGUACAAAAACAAAUGCGCACAGUAGCAAGCGAAGGAGAAGAAACCAGAACUCGAAGAAAACUAUUUUCAAAAGGUUGGAAUUGGUCGACGUCUAGUCCUAAAAAACAAGCUUUCUUCAGCUAACUAAAAUGAAUAUCUGAGAGAGUAGUUAUACUUAAUCUGUAGAAAACGACGCCUAGGGAGAAGGGAUUUUCGUACAUACACAAACCGACGUACUUAUCAUGGGAAUGAUUAGGAAAACUGUGAAAGGAUUAAUGGGAAAUGAAAUGGGAACUGAGAAAUGAGAAAUGAGAAUGAAAAUUGGAAAUGAAAUAGGAAGUGAAAUGUGGAUCAUAGUUUGGAAGGCAUAGGAAAUGAAAUUUGGACGAGAAUUUGUACUUAGUGGAAAGGGAAAGAGCGGAUGGUUGAAAACCAAAAUGUGGAAGAGAGGGAAUUGUUUGGAUGAGUAGGUGUUUCGUGUAAAGUCUAUACAGGCUAAGUAUAACUGCGGGGAAAAUUUWAAACUUAUUGCAAAAUUUAAUGUAUAAAAUGUAAAUGUAAAGAUUUUCAGAGUGUAAAGGUAUAUUUUACAUUCAAAAUCCCCGUCUGGGUAAUUUUAAGCCUAUAAAUGUUUUUAAGCAUGGGCAUCCGCUUAUAAUUUUUCAAAUGCAAGGUAAAGAGAUGUGGGGUUCCUGGUGUAGAUGGGUUACACUGAGCCUCGACGUAAAACCGAGGCUUGAUGUCAUGCGUUAGUCUCAAGGGGACACACCUAUUUCAUAUUCACGUGACCCAGACGAAUCGAAGUUCAAAACAGUUGGGUUUAAUUCUGUCUUUCACCAAUCAAAGUAACUACGAAAGAAUACAGURCAUACCAUAUUUCCGUGAAAGGUUAACUAACACAGUUGUACAAAUUAGUGCAAAGCUUUGUAAGUCUACGGUCUACUGAGGUCUACUGAACAUGGUACUAAUUUGUGCAAAGUUUUGCAAUUUCUUACAACGUUUUUUACGGAUAUAUGGUAUGCACUCUAGCUGCCAUGAUUGACCGUCYGACCGAAGCCAAAAAUCCAUUCAGAAACGUAAGGAAGUUGUAUUUUGGGUUUGGUUGUGUCUCGACCACGCGACAGCCUGGCUGACCUUGAAUAUGGUUUGGACCCGGUAGCAUUUCACUUGAUUUUCAUUCGAUAAACUAAACAUGCGUGUCUAACAGACUGUAAAAAUCGUCAAACGAUCAAUAAAAUUAGAGAAAAACUUUA